AUCAAAAGAAGUCUUGAGCAGCAGAAGGCGGACUUCUGUAACACACCACACCAAAAAAAUGUGGAAGCAAAGAAAGCAAGGUCUGAUGUCCAGGGCCAACCACAGCAGGCUACCCCGCCACGAAGAUUAUCGACAGUAUGUUCGGUCCCCCCACUCCAAAUUUUGGACACACCUCCAAGACGCCAACCACACUCUCCUCAUCUUGAUUCUUCUAGUCCUGGUAACAGCAUCCCUCCACAACAACAGCAACACAGUGACAUUGCUGAGACAAUCAUGUUAGAAAUGCUACCAUUAAGCCAAGGAAUCAGCCCCCCAGCACCUGUGAGUACACCACCACAGCAAAGCACACCACCACCACCACCACAAUACAGCCCAACAACACCAGUAACACAAGGCCCUGAUCAAGUGUUUUGGAACAUUUGGGCUAGACAGCAGGCAACUAAUGAAGAUUGCCUGCGUAGGCAGACACAAAUGUUUGCAAGCCUACCAUGUCACCUCAGAAGAAUUAUCAGGAAUAUGAGUAGACAAAAUGAACAAACCACGAGAAGUGGCAAUACCAUGGAACUCAUGCGUGCGGACAUUACACAGGUCAUGGGCAACUUACAGCGCAUAAUGGAAGAACAGCACAGACUAAUGGAAGAACAGCACAGACUAAAGGAAGAACAGCACAGACAACAGCAAAGCUAUAUCAACAUUUUUCAAAACAAUCAAAAGAUAAAUGAAUCUUUAUUCCGAAUUGUAGACAAUCAAAAUGCUGCUACACGUGAACUCAAUGCCACCCUCACUAACCUCAAUGAAACACUCAGAUCCAUGCACCAACAGCAAACAAGCAGCAGUUCUGGUACGACUACUCCAAAUAUCACGCCAGUGUCAUCACCACCAAGACGCUCCACCAGAGCACGCCAACAUGACAGUGGUAAAGGCAAAGGCCAGGACAAACAGCCACCCAAAAAAAGUUAAAAAAUAAACCACAAUUUUUUUUUAAGAGAAGUAAAUAAAAAUACUUAGUAAGUAUAUAUUUGUCAGAAUAGAUAUAACACUUAGCUCCUUGACAAUUUGUACAACAUCAUUAACUAUAACUGGUACAAACAACAACAGGAAAUUUGUACGCACAUUUAUUCUUUACCAUCUUUGAAUUUUUGUGGAGGAGGGAAAUGUUGUUUGAGCUGCACAUAGAUGUUAGCAGGAAGUAACCAGACCACUUGAUUUUUUUCUAAUCAUUACUCUUUCUAGAUUCCAAUCAUUCUCAGAUCCUGCAGACACUAUAAUUGGCAGCCAGGCAGAAUAUGUUUAGCAGGAAGUAACCAGACCACUUGAUUUUUUUCUAAUCAUUACUCUUUCUAGAUUCCAAUCAUUCUCAGAUCCUGCAGACACAAUAAUUGGCAGCCAGGCAGAAUCUGUUUAGCAGGAAGUAACCAGACCACUUGAUUUUUUUCUAAUCAUUACUCUUUCUAGAUUCCAAUCAUUCUCAGAUCCUGCAGACAGUAUAAUUGGCAGCCAGGCAGAAUAUGUUUAGGAGGAAGUAACCAGACCACUUGAUUUUUUUCUAAUCAUUACUCUUUCUAGAUUCCAAUCAUUCUCAGACACAAUAAUUGGCAGCCAGGCAGAUUCAUCCAUGACCAAUGCAACUUACAAUGUAAAUUAAAACUGAUUUACAUUUCUGCUGUAGACGACUUUGCAAGAAAAACACAAUAGACUUGUGUAAAAGUGUCCUAAUAUGUUUGUGUAAAUUUUUAAAAUUUAAGACCCAAAAUGAAUGAAAUUAUUGUUGACAUGUUUGUGUGUGUUAAAAAUGAGUAAUUAUAUUUAAAAACCUGAGGCAGAACCCACAAAAUGUAAAAUAUUUUAAAUUUAACACUAAUGUGUGUAAUAAUGGAUAUAUGUUGAAAAAUGUGUAUUGACUUACAAAUCUCCAAAUUUACUCCAGCAAACAUAAGGCAAUAAAUUAUUUUGGAUGAGACAAGUUUGUGUCCCUUUUAUAGGCAUGAUAAGUCAGGUGUGAAUGAUUUGUAAGUGUCAACACAUGUA